AUGGCACUUGCUGGUGGUGCAGAUGCGUCUACGUCUACAGAAAUGUCACCACGCCUUCCUCAUAUCAUUUAUGAAGGUGAUACGGUUAUUUGUCAGACAAGUGAUGGCCGAAUGUUUUUUCAGGCUAUCACCAAGAACGAAUCUAUUCGCGUUGGAAAAAAAGUGGCAAGCUUGAAGCCUGUUGUCGGCUCGUUUUACGGUGCCAUUUUUGAAGAACAGAACAAGAAGUUAGUCAAGGUGACAGGUGGACUAUUUCCCGAUCCUGUGGCUCCGGAAACGGGGGAAGGCUUAAAUCCAGAUGAAGACAAUCGGCACUUUGCAGACACAAAUUCAGCGCAAAUGCUGAAACAAACAGAUAUUGGUGAACUGCGUGAUAAAGGUGCAUCCGGUAAAGAGAUUAUUCAAAAAUUGGUGGAAAAUAGCUCCACUUGGGAAACCAAAACGGACUUUUCCAAGCAAAAGUAUUUGAAGAAGAAACAACAGAAGUAUAUGCCUCGUGUCCGAUUUCUCCGUUGCACGGCUGAAUCACUUUGUCGCACGUAUCGGUUGAAAAAUCCGAUGAAAAUUUGUAAUAUGCGAGAGGAUUCGUUAGGUCAGAUUUUAGUUUAUGCAAAUAUCUUUGCAGGUGGACAAGUGCUAGUUGUAGACACUUGCAUGGGUCUAGUAGCUGGUGCCAUUGCUGAGCGUCAAAGAGGUACUGGAUGCAUUAUCUGUCCGUACGAGGGUCAGCAACCUGCAGCAGAUAUUUUGCGUCGAUUUAACUUUGACAAGCAGACGCUCGAAUCCAUACAUUACAUGCCUUUUAAUCAAGUCCGAAUGCUUGAAAUGAAUGAAGAAGAUGUAGUGGAAAUCAAGCAAGUCGCUCGGGAUGGGCUGUCGCAGGAAGAGCGAGAGCGUAUGGCAGCAGAGCGUGCCAAGAAUUUCACACCUGAGCAGCAAAAACGUUUUGCAGAGAAAAAAGCACUUCGUGAGCAAACAAAACUUUUUCGACAAAAGCCGUCAACAAUCCGUGAAUGGGUUCGUCAAAAGUCUGACAGUCUUGUCAUUGCUGCAAAUUAUGAUCCCGAGAAGGUUUUGAUGGCACUCUUGCCAUACCUCGGUCGUUCAAAGCCAUUUGUGAUCUACUCUGAAUUUCUCGAGCCAUUAACUCGAACGUUUGCUACACUUCAAAAACUGGAGGCAAUAAUUGAUUUGCAAUUGAAUGAAACUUGGACUCGAGAGAAUCAGGUGCUACCUGGUCGCACUCAUCCAGAGAUGAGCAUGAGUGCUUGUAGUGGUUAUUUGCUUUCGGGAAUUAAAAUUCUUGAUAUUUCGCCGCUUAAAGCCACAGUAAAUGGCAUUGAAAUUGAACAAGAUAGCAGCAGUAAAGAUUUCAGCAAUGGCCCAGCCUCAAAGAGGGCAAAGACCGAGACAAAAAAAUAG